GGGAACCCGGGGCCGUCGCUGCUGCCGCCGGCGCCAUGGCCGGGGUGUUCGACAUCGACCUGGAGACCGAGGAGGGGAGCGACGGGGAGGAGCCCGAGCUGGGGGCGGAGAUGGAUUUGGAGCUGCGGGGGAAUGGCCUGGAGCCGGUGGGGCACUAUGAGGAGAUCGAGAUCUCAGAGAGCAGCGUCAACAAUGGCCCUGAGCGCAUUGGGCCACACUGCUUCGAGCUGCUGCGUGUCCUGGGCAAGGGUGGCUACGGCAAGGUGUUCCAGGUGCGGAAGGUGCAGGGGACCAACGCUGGGAAGAUCUUUGCCAUGAAAGUCCUGAAGAAGGCCAAGAUCGCCUGCAACGCCAAGGACACAGCUCACACCAAGGCUGAGAGGAACAUCCUGGAGGCCAUCAAACACCCCUUCAUCGUGGACCUGAUCUACGCCUUCCAGACGGGUGGCAAGCUCUACCUCAUCCUUGAGUGCUUGAGUGGUGGAGAGCUCUUCAUGCAGCUGGAGCGUGAGGGCAUUUUCCUGGAGGACACAGCAUGCUUCUACCUGAGCGAGAUCACGCUGGCCCUGGGCCACCUGCACUGCAACGGCAUCAUCUACCGGGACCUGAAGCCAGAGAACAUCAUGUUGAAUAGCCAAGGGCACAUCAAGCUGACGGACUUCGGACUGUGCAAGGAGUCGAUCCAUGAGGGAGCCGUCACCCACACCUUCUGUGGGACCAUUGAGUACAUGGCUCCAGAGAUCCUGAUGCGGAGUGGACACAACCGGGCCGUGGACUGGUGGAGCCUUGGGGCCUUGAUGUACGACAUGCUCACUGGAUCGCCGCCCUUUACGUCUGAGAACCGGAAGAAAACCAUUGACAAGAUCCUCAAGGGGAAGCUGGUGCUGCCGCCUUACCUGACCCCCGACGCCCGCGAUCUACUCAAGAAGUUCCUCAAGAGAAACCCCAGCCAGAGGAUUGGGGGCGGGACGGGCGAUGCAGCCGAUGUGCAGAAGCAGCCAUUUUUCCGCCACGUCAACUGGGAUGAGCUGCUGGCGCGCAAGCUGGACCCACCCUUCAGGCCCUGCCUGCAAUCGGAUGACGACGUCAGCCAGUUCGACACCCGCUUCACUCGUCAGACGCCCGUGGACAGCCCUGACGAUGCCUCCAUUAGUGAGAGUGCCAACCAGGCCUUCCUGGGCUUCACGUAUGUGGCCCCGUCGGUGCUGGAGAGCAUUAAGGAGGGCUUCUCCUUCCAGCCAAAGGUGCUCCCUCGCCGCCUCAACAGCAGCCCCAGAACGCCUGUCAGCCCGUUGAAGUUCUCUCCCUUCGAGGCCUUCAAGCCCAGCCUGGCGGUGGAGCCCAUGGAGCUAGGGCUGCCGCUGCUGCCGCCUCCACCAGAGGGCACGGCCCCCCUUCCUAUCAAGACAUCAACAGGCACCAAGAAGCAGAAGGGGGGCCGGGGCCGGGUGGCAAGGUAGCUUGAGGCAGGCAUGGUGCCCCUGCUUGGGCAGGAGACUCAGCUUGGGCCAGUGGGAGGCUCCCCAUGGAGGUGCCCAGCCUGUCGGUGACCCAUGGAGUGGACAUAGCCCCCGACAGCUGAGUGGGGCUGGGAGGUAUCGGGAGCCCCCAGCCUGGAUGGACUCAGGAGGAGAUGCUUUGUCGGGGCUGCAAUUCCAGAGGGUGGGGCAGCCCCAGCUGUGGAGGGCAGGGGCUGCUGGGCGUGUCCUGAGCGGCCCCAUGGGCCCUGGGCUGCAGGUCCCACCCACGGGGCUUUUAACCUUUCCUUGGUGCUCUGUUUUUAUUGCUACAAAUCAUGUUUUGGGUUUGAGGGGGUCAGUGCUAGAGGAGAGCAGAGGAUGCAGGGUAGAGCAUGGCAGGGGCGUU